UUGGUGCUUCCCUUCUGCUUACAGCCUAUCCCAUACAGAAGCCAGCUACAUGAAAAAAUUGAACCUGGACAAACCCUGAUUGUCAAGGGUUCCACUAUUGAAGAGAGCCUGAGAUUCACUGUAAAUCUCCAUUCAAAAUCGGCAGACUUUAGCGGAAAUAAUGUCCCACUGCAUAUUUCAGUCCGAUUUGAUGAGGGCAAAAUUGUGAUGAACUCGUUUGUCGAUGGUGAGUGGGGCAAAGAAGACAGAAAAAGUUUACCGUUCAAAAAGGGUGAUCCCUUUGACCUUCGCAUCCGAGCCCACGAUGAUCAUUUCCAGAUAUACUGUGACAGGAAGGAAUUCAAGGAUUACGAACAUCGUCUACCAUUGGCGUCAGUCACUCACCUCUCCGUUGACGGCGAUUUGUAUUUGAAUCAAGUCCACUGGGGUGGUAAAUACUACCCUGUUCCUUAUGAAAGCGGAAUUUCCCAAGGGUUGGGUGUUCAAAAAUCUCUUCUUAUCUUCGGUUGCCCUGACAAGAAAGCGAAGCGCUUUGUGAUUAACCUGUUGAAGAAAAAUGGCGAUAUUGCACUUCACUUUAACCCUCGUUUUGAUGAAAAGGCAAUAGUUCGUAACGCCUUAGAAGCUGGCGAAUGGGGCAAUGAGGAAAGGGAAGGCAAGAUGCCUCUAGAAAAAGGUGUCUUGUUUGACCUCGUUAUCAAGAAUGAAUCGUAUGCCUUCCAGAUUCUCAUUAAUGGAGAACGGUUCUGUUCAUUUGCUCAUCGUACUGAUCCCCAUAACAUUGCUGGUAUCCAGAUCAGUGGUGAUAUGGAAGUCACAGGAAUUCAAAUUCAGUAA